AUGGACCCUCUCAGCACUACCGCCAGUGUCAUCGCCGUUCUCCAGCUGACUUCCAAGAUAGUCCAGUACCUCAACUCAGCCUCAGGUGCCGCAAAAGAACGAAAAACUCUUCGCGAUGAGCUACGGGCAUGUGAGCGCGUCCUGGAGCAGCUCAAAGAUAGGUGCGACGAAGAAGGCGGCGACACGGAAUGGAACAACACUAUUAAGGUGCUUGAAGGCCCGGAUGGCCCGCUGGGCCGCCUUUGGGUUAUGCUACGACAAAUGGAAGGCAGGCUUCGGAGAAGAGAUGGCCCAGCGGAGAGGUUGAUCGCGGCAGUGAAAUGGCCAUUUAUCCAGAAAGAAGUCAAGGAAAUAUUCGGAGCGAUGGAUCGGGAAAAAUCGCUUCUGACGCUGGCUCUCAACGGUAUCUCAGGGAGGCUGGUUCAGGAAAUAAAGCGCACUGUCACUCAAAACCGCGAGGGUCUCAAGACCCUAGUCAACACAUUGAACGCCCACUCAGAUCAAUCCCGUAGUCAACUGUCGGGAUUACAGGACGGAGUAGAUCGGAUUCAAGCGGCGCAGUCAAGUUUACAAGAGAAUCUGGUUCAGUUCCAUCGGUCUCAAGAGGAAAAGGAGCUCGAUAAAGAGUGGAGUGCUAUUCUGGAAUGGCUACCGACACUCGCAUAUUCUACCCAGCAUCGGGAUAUCAUAGAUCAGAGACAGCCUGGAACUGGACAGUGGAUUUUGAAAUCCCCAAACUUCAAGACGUGGUUUGAAAUCCAAGGCCAGACUCUAUUCUGUCCGGGCAUCCCUGGUGCAGGCAAAACAGUUCUAGCUGCCUCCGUGAUCGAGCAUCUCAUGUCACAAGCUCCAGAUGAUAGUGGGAUAGGUGUCGCGUACUUGUAUUUCAGCUAUCAGAGGCAGGGCGAACACAACUUGAGCAACAUCUUUGGGUGUCUUUUGAACCAGCUGAGCGCCAGUCGACCUACGCCUCCAGAAUCUCUCCAAUGUCUUUACAAGAAGCAUGCCAAACAGAGAACACAGCCAUGCCUUGCGGAGAUUUUGAAUGCUCUGUAUUCUGUUUCAGCUGAAUAUUCCCGCGUGUUUGUCGUGAUCGACGCAGUCGAUGAGUACCAAAUAUCGAGCGGGCACCAACGCCAGUUCGUUGAAAAAGUUAUCGACUACCAGAAGAAGUGCGAUAUCAAUCUUUUCGUGACCUCGCGAUUCAUACCUGAGAUUGUGCGGUCGUUUGAAGGGGCCAUGUCGUUAGAAAUUCGGGCGACUGAAAGCGACAUACAAACCUACCUUGAGAAUCAAAUGUGGCAGCUCCCAGCAUUCGUGCAGAAAAGUCCAGAUUUACAAAAGGAUAUCGUUAUUGAGAUCUCUAGGGCUGUUCAAGGAAUGUUUCUGCUCGCACAUCUACAUCUUCAAUCUCUACGAAGCAAGAAGUCUCCCAAGGCUGUCCGCAACGCCCUUGAGAAGCUCCCAACUGGCAGUAAUGCAUAUGAUGUUGCGUAUGGCGAAGCGAUGGAGCGAAUAGGCUGCCAGAACGACGACCAAAAGCAACUUGCCAAUGAGGUUCUCCAAUGGGUAACUCUUGCGACUAGGCCCUUGACCACCUCUGAAAUCCAGCACGCAAUUGCGAUCGAAAUAGGGGAAGCACGUUUCGACACUGACAACAUAACGGAAAUCCCUGACAUGCUCUCCGUGUGCGCAGGGCUGGUGACAGUAGACGAAGGGAGUGACAUCAUGAGAUUAGUCCAUUACACGGCCCAGGAGUACUUCAAUAGGACGUCCGAGAAAUGGUUCCAUAACGCCCAAGAGAGAAUUCUCAAGGCUUGUAUCACAUGCCUUUGUUACGAAAACAUUGAAUGCCCUCCAACCGAAAGCAUAUACCUCGACAAUGGGCUCCUUGACCGAGGUUGCAUGUUCUACAUCUACGCGGCGAGAUGCUGGGGGCUCCAUGCUCAGCAUUUGAAGACACCGCCUCAGGCCGUGCUGCGUUUUCUGAGACAGAAGGUAAAUGUUGAGGCAUCUUUCAUGGCCAUUUUCUCGCCCGCCUCGUCGCUGAUGAGAACGGAUCGCAAAAUCCUCCUGGACGUUCAACGGCUCGUAACUGGUCUUCAUUUAGCGAUUCGCUUCAAGUUGACAUCUACUGUCAAGAUGUUGUUGGGCGAAGGUGGUCCAAAUUUGGAUGCAAAGUCCUCCUUCAGGAUUGACCCUGAUGCUCGAGAUUGGUAUUUGCAGACGCCGUUGACAUGGGCCGCCCAAGCUGGGCAAGAAGAAAUCGUCAAGAUCUUACUCUCAGAGCCCAGUGUCAAUCCGAAUUCCAGAGACAGGAUAAAUCAGACACCAUUAUUAGUCGCCGCAAAAGGUGGAUUCGUAGGAGUUGUCAAGCUUCUACUGUCGACGAAAGGUAUUGAGCCUGACGUGAAAGAUGUUGACGACCAAACGCCAUUGGCAUGGGCAGCGGCAGGUGGGGAAGAUGAAGUUGUCAAACUUUUGGUUUCCGCUCCGGGUGUGGAUGUCGAAUCGAGAGAUUGGUCGAAUGGAACUCCCCUGACGCUGGCAGCCUUUGCUAAUCAUGUAAAGACUAUGAAGAUACUGCUUUCCCUGCCAGGCGUCGAUCCCAACUCAAGGGACAAAGACGAGCGAACACCGCUUGCUUGGGCUGCUAACAACGGAAUGAGGGCGGCCGUGGAAAUGCUCCUGGCAACACCAGGCGUGGAAAUUUCCCCAAAGGACAAGGCAGAUCAAACGCCGGUGUUAUUAGCCGCCAGGAAUGGUCAUCGAGAGAUUGUUGAGAUGCUGAUGGUUGCAAUACAAGGUCAAAAAUCUAUCAAAACUGAUUCCAGAAACUAG